AUGAAAGGACCAUUCACCUAUAUCGACUAUUUGCUAUUGGAAUCUAGUCAGCGCUUGAUCCAAUCGAAGUUGCCUACGGCCGAAGUCGUGAGCCAAUCAUCACCCGCCCUGUUCGGAUCCUGCGCUCUAGCCGCACUCCACGACCCCCAGACAAAUGUUCUUCGAGUAGCCAAUGCCGGCGAUUCCCGUACUGUGCUUGGACGAUGGGACCCGCAGGCCAAGCGAUAUAUUGCGAUUCCUUUAUCUGCGGAGCACAAUGGCCACAACCCAUGCGAAGUAUCCCGAUUGCAAAAGGAGCAUCCAGAUGAGAAAGUGAUUGAUCCCGAGACAGGAAAUCUGCUGGGAAUCCGCGUCACACGAGCUCUUGGUUUUGGUAUCUUCAAAUGGCCUUCAAGCGUCGCACGAAUCGCAUCCGAAAAUUUCUGGGGUCCACGACCAAAGUCUGACCAUGCACUGCGAGCGCCGCCAUAUCUGAUUUCCGAGCCCGAGGUCGUCGAGACGGAUGUGCACUCCACUGGUGACCAUCCAGAUUUCCUGAUCAUGGCAAACCGACGACUAUGGGAGCUAUUCGACAAUCAAGAUGCCGUUGCAUGCACGACUCUGAACUCGAAGCUUCGUUACCUGGUCACCCAAGGUUUCAUCGAACUAAAGCGUAAAAUGCAGCUUGAUUCUGAUCAACCUUUCUCACCAGGCGGUCGACAAUCCAGGCGCAUAACGGACAACGACGACACCUCCAUCGACCGACAGAGUGGCCAAUUGACAUGGAAGGCCCAAAACAAGCAUUUCGUCGUGGAGGAUGACCAUUGCGGAGUCCAUCUCAUUAAGAAUGCACUUGGUGGAAGCAGGAGAGGUUUGUUCGAGAGUGUUAUGACGCUCAGGCCUCCCAUUAGCCCAAGUGUUCGCGGCGAUCUCUCCGUUGUUGUGACAUUUUUC